AUUACACUGAACAGCAGUUGAGUUUUGGUGAACCCCUUGCGACUUGCCAAAAUAACAACACCGACGAAGACGCUGUUCAUGAUCAAAGUAAAAAAUAAAUAAACUUUUUAAAACUUGGAAGAAUUUAAACAGACUUGAAAACAUCAAAAUGCCGAUCUCGUGCAUCAUCUGCAAUGACACCCUGGAGCAGAAUCCCAGCUGCGAACUCUUCCCCUUUCCGGACAAGGGCCUCCAGCCGGUCCAGUACCAGCGCUAUCUGAUCGUUUGCGAACUAUCCGCGUCAACCAUUCCCGCCGAUGAGCAACUCUUCAUCUGCUCGACCCACUUCACCCCGGACUGCUUCCAAGAAUCGGCGCAUCAGCGCACUCUGCUUGACGGCGCCGUUCCCAGCCUGAACAUGGAGCGAAUCGAAUACAUCGACGAGGACAUCCAGAUGCUGGACGAGUACAUUCCACUGUACAACGCCGAGCAGCACCAGGGUCCGUCCACUUCCGGAACCACCACAGUACAGCCGAUGCUCAUCCCCAAAGCAGAACCCGUCGACACACUGGACGAAGUAAUGGAGGACAUUCCGUUCGUGGCCACCGAGGUGAAGACCGAAGCUCCCGAAGCAGACGAAAGCACUCCGGAUCCGUUUGGCAACAUCGAACCGGGCCCAUCAUCCGAUCCCAACCGGUUCUGCAUCCUUUGCAAUGCCCGCGAAGGCUCCACCCCGGACUGUCGACUUUACGUGUUCCCGCGCAAAAUCCCCAACAUUUACCGCAAGUGGAUCCUGGCCGCCCAGCUGGAACCAUCCCAGUACAAGGACCGCGAUAUCUACAGCUGCCAGCGACACUUCCCGGAAAAUGGCUUCUUCGCCAACGGGCGCUUCAUCCAGAGCUGGGCCACCCCGAAACUGAACCUACCCCAGCGCAAGAAACAACCCGCCGCGACCUCUCCGGCACUCAAGCCCGUCAUCCUCAACCGGAAGAUAGCAGCAUCAAGCUCCGCCACAGUGGACAACGCCCCAACCGAAACGCUCAUCAGCAGCCCGAACGAGGAAGGACCGAAGAUCGUGAUCAAGCACAAUCCGGCGAACCAAAACGCCACGGCACUCAACAUCGAUCCGGACCACUACGCGAAGGUUUUCGCCCGCGUGGUGACGGAGCUGGUGCCGAAGACGCUGAACUACAACGGCGAGCAGCGACCGGUCACCGGGACGAUCGUGUUUUCCUCGAAUCUGUUCUGAGUGGUUUGGGGAUUGACAUAAAAAUGUAAUGACAAAAAAUAUGCUCUAGCUAGAUUUAACAUUCAAUAAAUUUAGAUUUCUGCAAA